UUCCUCGUCCGCCACUGCGAACAAUCCAAUUCGACAUUUACAACACCGUCACCACAUUUCAAAUCAGUGGUUCCACCUGUCUAGUAUCGUCGUUGUUCAGACAUGUCUUCCUCCCUCCUCAAGCUUCCAGCUGAGCUUCGAAACAAGAUAUGGAAUUAUGCGCUUAUGGACGAUACAAACACUCUGCUAUUCAAUCCCCGGACCAAGCGAUUCGACAUAUCUAGCAUCGGAGCAGGGCUAUUGACGACAUGCCGCUCAAUAUCCGCCGAGACAAUGUAUACACCACUUCGUCUGAACACGCUGGUCUUCAGCGUUGGCACGAUAGGAGACGUGGACAUGUGGGUUCUGUUAGCAAAACUGGAGAGGCUGGAGCAGGCGAUGCAAUCCACUCUGAGAUUAGACUUGGGAGUCCUCAAACCCUGAACUAUGAUACACAAGACUUUAACGACUGUUAUGCUCUGAGCUUUUUUGCACCUACUUCAGAUACCAUAGCGAGACACGUAUGUAAUGCUAGCCAGGUCGACAUAGCUGAACACCAUCCAUUCUCUUU